UUUUCCGGAUUCCACGUCUCACAGUCGCGGAGCCCCGUCGCUAACGCUAACUAACUCGAACUCAGGGUGUCAUCUGGGCACGGUACGAACGGAUUUACCACGUAGUGCAAGUCAAAUAGAUCGCUAACGACUUGCUCGAAUACUGGGCCUAAAGUGGAUUUACGUCCUUUAUCGUACUUGAACUGCCGCCUUACUUGAGAGAUGAUAUCUGCGUCCGAUGGAAACAAAAACACUAACGCGGAACCAUGGGGCGGUUUUGAUGACAACCUGAUCCAGGGCAGCGGUUCAGCUGUGAUUGACAUGGAGAACAUGGACGAUACGUCCGGCUCCAGCUUCGAGGAUAUGGGCGAGAUGCAUCAGCGCAUGAAGGAGGAAGAGGAGGUUACAGAAGAGGCGGCCGCCACCGAGGAAGAUACCGGGGAUGACGGGGAGUUCCUGGGGAUGAAGGGUUUCAAGGGGCAGUUGGGGCGCCAGGUGGCAGACGAGGUGUGGCAGGCGGGAAAGAGGCAGGCGUCAAAGGCCUUCAACCUCUAUGCAAACAUCGACAUCCUCAGACCCUACUUUGACGUGGAGCCCAUCCAAGUGAGGAACAGGUUGAUUGAGUCCAUGAUUCCUGUCAGGAUGAUCAGCUUCCCUCAGAAGGUAGCGGGGGAGCUCUAUGGACCCAUGAUGCUGGUCUUCACGCUGGUGGCUAUCCUGCUGCAUGGCAUGAAGACGUCUGGGACUGUGAUCAGAGAGGGCACACUGAUGGGCACAGCCAUCGGCACCUGCUUCGGCUAUUGGCUGGGCGUCUCCUCCUUCAUCUUCUUCCUUGCCUACCUGUGCAAUGCCCAGAUCACCAUGCUGCAAAUGCUGUCCCUGCUGGGUUACGGCCUGUUUGGUCACUGUGUGGUCCUGUUCGUCACGUACAACGUCCACUUUCACUGGCUCUUUUACGUGCUGUGGCUGGUGGUUGGCGGGGUCUCAACUCUUCGGAUGGUGGGUGUUCUGAUCUCUCGCACCGUGGGCCAGACGCCGCGUCUCAUCCUCUGCGGGACUUUGGCUACUCUGCAUAUGCUCUUCCUGCUAUACCUGCAUUUCACCUACCACAAAAUUGUCGAAGGUAUCCUGGACACCCUGGAAGGACCCAAUGUCCCCCCCAUUCAGAGGGUCGCUAGAGAUCUGCCUGAUGUGGCAUCCCACCUGGCGAACAACACGAUCAAAUCCCUAGGGAUUGCCCUGCAGGCACAGUGACGGCGUGACCUGGCAAAGACUGCCACUCCCUACGCUGUAAUCUCUGUUUUUUAAUGCCAGAGGAAUAUGAGUUGACGUACACACCCUGAGACCCUGGCUGUCACAGUGGUCAUUCUGUGAAGCAAUGCUUCUUCUGUGUCUUGAAAGCACACUCUGGUGACUUCGUAGGAUGGGUUCCUGUUAACUCGUGGUGAGCUCCAUUAUUACCCAUCCUGUCUUGGACAUGAAGUGUAAACACUAACAUGACUGUGCAUAAACAUGCUCAUUAUGACGGCUCACAGCUGGCCUGGAACCCAUCUGUCCAUUCUGUGCCCAAUGGGGAAAGCUUUUGUUAAAAUAAAGUAGAUUUCUGUCAGACGGAGGGAAGACUCUGACUAAGCACUUUCUGGGAGACUUUGGGCAUGACCUCUGGCUUGUCAAACUUUUACUUGUAGUUUUCUUGUGUUAAUGGGGAACAAUGGUAAGAUGCAAUGAAGAACAGAUGUUACAGCCGCUUCGUUAAAGCCAGAGACAAUUUAGGAAUCGAUUAUUUACUUUCCACAGUACAAAUUUCAUGGCAGGUCAAGCUUAAAUUUUGAGUUUCCAUGAAAAUCUUUUGCUUCUCGGUUUUGGUUUCUACACAGCAGAUUUGGGGGGGGGGUGCAUGACUGAUUCCAUGCUCAUUCUUUUUUUGUAUGUGUACAUGUGUGCGCGUGUGUGUAUGUAUGUAUAUGUGUGUGUGUGUGUGAGAGAGAGAUGGUGUACAUAGAAAUAAAGUCUACUGAACUCA